CAAAAAAUCAACUUCAAACACCUUUUACUCAGCAGACAUGAGUCACCCACAUUUUCUUGUUAUACCUUAUCCAAUUCUGGGGCACAUGAAUCCACUGCUGCAGUUCUCUCAGGUUUUGGUCAACCAUGGCUGCAAAAUAACCUUUUUGAUCACUGAGUUCAACCAAACCAGAAUGAAGAAUGCAAUUGAGCACUUGGGAACUCAGAUAAAGUUUGUGGCACUCCCAGAUGGUUUGGAUCCAGAAGACGACAGAAGUGACCAGCCAAAGGUCAUUUUGUCUCUCAGAAACACCUUGCCUCCUAAGCUUCACAAUCUCCUACAAGACAUCAAUGCUUCGGAUGGUGAUGACAGCAAGAUCACUUGUCUGGUUAUUUCCAAGAACAUGGGAUGGGCCUUGGAAUUUGGACACAAAUUGGGUAUCAAAGGAGCCCUUAUGUGGCCUGCAUCAGCUACUUCAUUGGCCUCUUUUCAGUCCAUCCCAACCCUUAUUCAUGAUAGAAUUAUAGACCCUGAAACUGGACUUCCAACCAGGAAACAGGAAAUUCAGCUGUUGCCAAAUUCUCCUAUGAUGGACACGGCAAAUCUUCCAUGGUGUAGCCUUGGGAAGAACUUUUUCCUUCACAUGUUGGAAGAUACAGAAAGUUUGAAGUUUGGAGAGUGGUGGCUUUGCAACACCACUUGCGAACUUGAGCCAGGAGCACUCGGGAAGUGGCCAAGGUUCCUUCCUAUUGGGCCAUUGAUGCAGAGUGACACAACGAAAAGUUCAUUUUGGAGAGAAGACACAACUUGCCUAGAUUGGUUGGAUCAACACCCACCUCAAUCUGUUGUUUAUGUUUCCUUUGGAAGUUUAGCAAUUGUGGAAGCAAACCAAUUCAAAGAACUAGCUCUUGGCCUCGAUCUUCUUAACAAGCCUUUUCUUUGGGUUGUCCGUCCGAGUAAUGACAGUAACAAGGACAAUAAUGCAUACCCAGAUGGAUUCAUUGGAUCUAAGGGUAAAAUUAUUGGCUGGGCUCCACAAAAGAAGAUACUGAACCACCCUGCCAUAGCUUGCUUCAUUACUCACUGUGGUUGGAAUUCUAUUAUAGAAGGUUUAUGUGGUGGCGUACCUUUCUUGUGUUGGCCAUUUUUCAGUGACCAAUUUAUUAACAAGUCGUACAUUUGUGAUGUGUGGAAGGUUGGAAUGGGAUUAGACAAGGAUGAAAAUGGACUGAUAUCAAAGGGUGAGAUAAGGAAGAAGGUGGAGCAAGUUCUUGGGAAUGAAGACAUCAAAGCAAGAUCGUUGAAGCUGAUGGAAUUGACCCUCAAUAACUCGGCUGAAGGUGGUCAAUCUUCAAAGAAUCUCCAAAAGUUUAUCGAUUGGGCCAAGGAUUAAUGGUGCUUUUCGUUAUAACAGUUCCCAACUUCAGUUUCUUUUCACCUUUUCUUUCUUUGCGUUUUUAAGUUGAAUUUCUACUUUAAUUUGGUAGAGAUAUCAACGUACCUACUACGAGUAUUAAUAAAAGAUCUUUAAGAAUAAAUAAGGAAUAAUACGCCCAGGAUU